UUUCAGCGUUCCUCCGCAGGCUAGCGAUUGGAUUCUGCGUCCCUGCAGGGAUGCUUCCAGAAUCUUCUGUGUGUUUCCUAAAGCAGCCAAACAUGGAUAAAUCUCUGGAACUGUUGACAUUCAGGGAUGUGACCAUAGAAUUUUCUCCAGAAGAGUGGGCUUGCCUGGACCCUGCUCAGCGGAAUUUGUAUACGGAUGUGAUGUUGGAGACCUACAGAAACCUGUUCUCCCUGGGACUUGCUGUCUCUAAGCCAGACCUCAUCACCUGUCUGGAGCAAAGGAAAGAGCCCUGGAAGGGGAAGGCACACGAGACAGUAGCCGAACACCCAGCUUUGUCUUAUUGUACCCAAGACCAUUUGCCAGAAAAAAACAAAAAUGUUUCAUUUGAAAAAAUGGUAUCGAGAACAUAUGGAAGCUGUGCCCUUGAGAAUUUAAAGUUAAUGAACUGGGAAAAUGUGCGUGGCUAUAAGGAGCAGAAAGGGUGUUAUGAUGGAGUUAACCAAUGUUCAACAACUACCCAUGGAAAAAUCUGCCAAUGUAAAAAAUAUUUGAAAGUCUUUAAAACAUUGUCAAAUAUAAAUACACAUAAGGUGAGACACACUGUAGAGAAGCCUUUUAAAUUUAAUGAAUGUGAGGAAGGCUUCAAGCAGUGCUCACACAUUAAUGAACAUAAGAGAAUUCAUAAUGGACAGAAACCUUACCAAUCUAAAGACUAUGGCAAAAUCUUUAAUCAGUGCUCAUACUUUACUAAACGUAAUAGACUUCAUACUGGAGAGAAACCCUACAAAUGUGAAGAAUGUGGCAGAGCCUUUAGUUGGUACUCAUGUCUUACUGAGCAUAAGAGAAUUCAUACUGGGGAGAAACCUUACAAAUGUCAAGAAUGUGGCAAGGCCUUUAACCGGUACUCACACCUUACUAAUCAUAACAGAACUCAUACUGGAGAGAAACCCUACAAAUGUGAAGAAUGUAGAAAAGCCUUUAACACAUACGCAUGCCUUUCUGUACAUAAAAGAAUUCAUACUGGAGAAAAACCCUACAAAUGUGAAGAAUGUGGCAACGCUUUUAAUUAUACUUCAAGCCUUCGUACACAUAAGAGAAUUCAUACUGGAGAGAAACCCUACAAAUGUGAAGAAUGUGGCAAAACGUUUAUCUAUAACUCAAGCCUUCAUAGACAUAACAGAAUUCAUACUGGAGAAAAACUCUACAAAUGUGAAGAAUGUGGUAAAGCAUUUAAGAAAUAUGCACACCUUACUGUACAUAACAAAAUUCAUACUGGAGAAAAACCUUACAAAUGUGAAGAAUGUGGCAAAGCCUUUAAAACAUAUGCAUACCUUUCUGUACAUAAAAGAAUUCAUACUGGAGAGAAACCCUACAAAUGUAAAGAAUGUGGCAAAGCUUUUAAGUGGUGUUCAGACUUUAUUGCACAUAAGAGAAUUCAUACUGGAGAGAAACCGUAUAAAUGUGAAGAAUGUGGCAAAACUUUUAACUGUUCCUCAAGCCUUCGUACACAUAAGAGAAUUCAUACUGGAGAGAAACCAUACAAAUGUAAAGAAUGUGGCAAAGCUUUUAACUGCCGUUCGCACUUUACUAUCCACAAGAGAAUUCAUAGUGGAGAGAAACCCUACAAAUGUGAAGAAUGUGGUAAAACUUUUAACUAUAGCUCAAGCCUUCAUAGACAUAAGAGAAUUCAUACUGGAGAGAAACCCUACCAAUGUAAUGAAUGUGGGAAAGCUUUUAACUGUUCUUCACACCUUACUAAACAUAAGAGAAUUCAUAUUGAAGAGAAACCAUAA